AUGGACGUGCCGAACAAUUUCAAGCCGUACCUCUGCAAGUUGGACGAUAAUGAUUGUGUUUCACUCGUGAACAUAAUCAAGUCGUUCAAUACACCCGUCAGCGAGGAACAUGCAUGGGCCCUGUGCUACCAGUGUGCCAAGUGUUUCAAGAAUGCCUUUGAACGUGAACCAAACAGGUGUCGAGUGGUCAAGAACUUAGAAGAAGUCCGUAUCCACAAGGAUGGAUUUAUACACCCUACUACCAUAUUGAACACUGAAGAAAUAGCUGAAUCUCUGGAAAAUAUUGAAAAACUAAGUAAUGAAAAUGAUAGUAAAACUAUACUUCAACAUCAUGUGAUUGCCAGUCUAGGAUAUAUUGUUUUUCAAGUACUAGAUUUUGGAAUUGAUGAAGAUGAAGAAAGGUCAUUAAAUCCUGAGUUGGAAUCAUUAAUUAAACGAAUGAUAGCUUCAUUUGAAUAUGGUUUACAUGCUCAAUCUAUGGACCAUGGGCAAUCAGGUGAAACUGAUGAUGAAGGAAUUGAAAGAGAUUCUGCCGAAUGUGAAGAAAUAUCACGAAAUAAUUUUGCUACUUUUGAUGAUGUCUUGGAGGAAUGCAGUAGACAUAUAGGUGUGUCAGGAUUGGGUUCUGAAACUCAUUACAAAGCAGUAUGCAGGGCAUUAGUGGCAGAGGCUUUAGAGCUUUCGUCAUUUUUAGAUAAAUUAUCUGAUGGAACUGUCAGUUUAAGACACAGAAAUUCUACUUCAGCUGAAUUAAGUACAUUGGAUUACAGUGAUUGGCCCAACCGCAGAAAGUGGAGUAUUUUACAAGCACGAUUAUGGAUACAAUUAAUACGAGAAUUACGACGUGGUGUGCAAUUAAAAAAAGUUGAUCAAAGGUCUCAUACUGGAGAUGAAUUUGUUGAAUAUGCAUUAACCCCCUAUGAAAUGUUAAUGGACGACAUAAGGUCCAGAAGAUAUACUUUAAAAAGAGUUACCCCUCCAGAAAUUCCUGCCAGAAUUCAAAGAGAUGCUCAUGAUGCAAUACUCGAAUUUAUUAGAUCAAGGCCGCCAUUAAAAAGCGCUGCUGCAAGAAAACUAGCUCCUCGCCAACAAGAUAAACUCUCACCAAGGGAACAUCUAUUGGAGUGUAUAAAAAGUGGAAACGUCAAGUUGCGUUCUACUUCAUUAACCAUUCACUAUGACAAUUCAUCUAUAAACAAUUCAGAAGAAGAAUAUAUGCCAAACCAAUCGAUUAAAAGUAUGCUUGAUCCAAGUAAAGAGCGCAAGCUUAUAAAAGUGGAUUUUUCUGCAUUAGCACGUUUAGUGAGUUCUGAUUCUGAAGACGAUUUUGAUGACGAUGAAGAAGAUAACAAAUUUAAGACUACUACAGUGGAAAAAACUGAAGAAUCCACAUAUUUGGGCGUGUCCACUCAAGGAAGAGAAGAAAAACAUGGACCUGCCGAAACAAAAUUCAAUAAAAAUAUCCAUGCUAUAAGAAAACAACAACGAAGGCAUACAAUUGCUGAUCAAUCAUCCUUGUCUUUUAUUAAACCAAUGGGUGGAUUAUGGAAGCAAUCUCGCAGACAAUCCAUGUACAAAAACACUUUACCUACUAGUGAUUGUUUGACCUUAACUCUGCAAGAGCUCAUACAUAUUCGUAGUGUGCUUACCAAAGCAGAGAUAGAAAGCUUACCAGUUGAAGGAAAUUUUAAAGAAGAUGUUGAAAAUCGAAAAGUCUGCUUCUUAUGUAUGAAAACCAGAUUUGGAAUUUUUGGACCUUGGGGACAGGAAUGCAAAAUGUGCCAACGUACAGUGUGUUCAAAAUGUUGUACCAAGAUGCGUAUGCCAACUGAUCAUUUGUCCCAAAUCCCGGUUGUAGCACUCAGUCCAAAUGUAGCAAUAUCUGAACAAAAUCCUUGGUGGUCAAAGAGCAGUUGGGGCAGUGCUCCAUCUAGUCCUCAAAAAACGACAGUUGGUUGUCCCAAUAACAGUAUGUCUGCUAGUUACCAUGGUUCAUCCACAGUCGCACAAAACAUCACUCGCACCAAAUAUAGUGCACAAAUGGCCGUCUGCCUGGACUGUAAGACAAUGGUACUGCAAGAAAUCAAAACGUCUAGAGUGAAUCGCUCAAAUUUACUUCGCCAUUUAACACUUGACUUGUCAUCUGUUUAUUAG